AUGUCAUCUAACAAGCCCCAUGCGUUCAACCCGGAAAACGUACCGGAACCUCCACCGACAUACAACCAAGUCUGCAUCACUCCAAUAGUGCCGUCAUCCAAAUUGAUCACUCUUGCUGGUCAAACGGGCCUUCAAAAAGAUCAUACCAUCCCAUCCGACAUUAAAGAGCAGGCAAAGGGCGCUUAUGAUAGCAUUCACAAGUGCUUGGCGGCGGCUGGAGCCACACCACGAGACAUUGUGCAUGUUCGACAUUAUAUCGUCAAGGAGACCGGCAACCCGGAGCAGGAUCGAAAGGAUGUAGUAGAUCGUGGCUGGGGAGAUAUCUGGAUCGAAUUUAUGGACAAUGAGGCGGAUGGGCAUAGACCACCUGAUACGGUUGUCGGUGUUGCAAGUCUGGCGAAGAAGGAACUGUUGUAUGAGUGUGAAGUUACCGCUAUGAUUAGCUAG